AUGGCAGCAGCACUGGUGAACCUGGGCGGAGGCUGGGGGCGGUACGUCAGCCAGGACGGCCAGCCCGUCGUGGCGGUGGAGUGGUGCGGUAGGUUGACGCCGGGCCUGCACGUGGGCGUGUACUACCCGUCCGACCCCGGCUUCUGGCACGAGCGCGUCUUGCUGUGGCCCGCGUCGGGUGAUGCCGUCCCUCGGCACUGGUACGUGGUGACGCCCGACAGCGACGUGUACGCGGAGGGCAUGGCUUCUGGUUUGGGCUGGGGCUCUCGCUUCGCCAUCUUGGACAACACGGGCGGGAACCCGGUCAUCCAGGUCUCUGCCCCGGCCAGCCUGAUGUACCUCCAACGUGAGGGGCAGGAGAUGCCGCUCGGCGACGUGGUACCCCUUCCGCCCGCGCCGCCUGCGGCCGCCUCCGAGGCGGCCGUCGAUGCUGCCGAUGCGGCCGGGGCGCUCGCUGGGGCUGCUCCUGGCUGGCCGUGUCGGGUCAGCCUCGAGACCGUGCCGGGCCAGAUCGCGCGCGACGACGAGGUGACGCUGCACGAGACCGCCCUGAUCGACGACGAUCGCGCCAUCGACGUUCUGCCGAGUGGGAAGCGCAUCGCGGUGAGGUUGACCGACCUUCCCGUGGAGCCGCUCCACGACGACACGGGCCUUGGGGACGCGAGAACGCUGGGGCCCCUUCGCUGCGACUCUCACGGCGGUCGGCACCUGGACUACCGCGCGGGCACCCUGGAGCUGCGCGAGGAGGCCCUGGAUGCGUUUCCGCUGAAGGGGGAGCGCUCGAUCUUGUGGCUGCAGCGCUACAUCAGUGAGCACGGCGGGACGCCCGACGGGAGGCACACCAAGUACCUCACCGAGGAGGCGCUGCCGGCCGACAGCACCGCCGGCCAUCUUCACGACGACCUUUUGGGCUUGUCGAUGUUUUUGAGUGUGGUGUAUGACCAGGUGGACGGAUCCAACUUGGCGUGCAUGGAGGUUGCGGCUCGAUGCUACCAGCUAGUUGAGGAGACCAAGGGAUCCAUGCGCACCGAGGGCUUGGAGUACUACGUCGGCCGCGACCAGGGCGGCGCCACGCGGCGCGGCAUUGCCAUGGCUCCUGCCCUGGCGCGCCACGCCACCGACCUGCUGGCCAAGGAAGUGGAGAUCGCCAAGCAGCGCCGCAAGUUCCGCGAGGAGCAGGCGGCCAAGCGCGGCGGCGGCAGUAACAGCAACAACAACAACAAGAACAAGGACAAGAUCAAGGACAAGCACAAGGAGAAGGACAAGACGAUCGAGGCACUCAACUUCAUGGCCGGCUACCCGUCCGUCGAGCUCGGCACCUCGGUCACGCCGCUACGAUCCUAUGUGCGACACAUGGUUUCAUGGCCUGACGUUGGCAAUCGACCCGGUUUGCUAGUCGACAGGUUGACCUCUCGGGACCAGUCGCUCGUGUUGCCGCAGUCCGUGUUUGAGGAGGUGAUCAAGGCCGAGCAGCGGCCUCUAGUCUACAUGGACCCCGGUCCGAACAACCACGCGAACGCAUCUCACGAGUUCGCGCGCGAUGGAUUGGCCCGAGAGUGCUUCCGCGUGGGCCGACGCCGACGCGAGGACGUGACUGUCUUCUUCGUCGCCAACAAGGACGGCGGCUUGCGGCUCGCGCUCGACUGCCCCCGCUCGAAUCAGAGGUUGACCAGACCAGACCCGGCCGCGCUGUUCAGCGGGGCCAGCUUCGGCGACUUCGAGGUGGACGCGGGCGAGUCAGCCUGGUUCGGCGGUCUGGACGUCAAGAGCGCUUUCUACCAGCAUCGCCUCCCCGCCUACCUCUGCGAUUAUUCCUGCCUGUCGCGGGUCCGCGCAGGCGCCGUGGGCGUGACGCAUGUCCUGGGGCGACCCGUCGACCCGUGGGACUUCGUGUGCCCGCAGAUGGCCGUGGUGCCGAUGGGCUGGUCAUGGGGGCUCUACAUGGUGCAGCGCGCCCACGAGUACGCGCUGGAUGUGCACCCCUCGUUCUCGUCCUGCUGGCGGGCUGUCGACUUCGGGCCGCGCCCGUCAGUCCAAGACGGGCCAGCUCGCUCCCCGUACGUCGACAACGUGCUGCUGGUGGGCACCCGCGCCUCGGACGUCACCGAGCGCAGGCGCGAGGCCUCCGCCGCCUUCACCUCCCAGGGCCUUGCUGUGCACUGCGAGGAGGGCGCCACCCAGGACAUGGACAUGCUCGACGUCAGGCUGACGGGCUUGCCGCCGACGGCGCAGCUCACCGAGAAGUGGUUCUGGAGGCUAUUCUACGGCAUCCAGUGCCUGGUCGACGCGAGGCGCCGAGCUACCAGCAGCGAGAUCAAGCAUCUCAUCGUGCAUUGUUCCUUCUGCGCGCUGGUCCGGCGCGAGGCGCUUGCUGGUUUCUGCUCGGUGUGCGCUUUCAUCC